ACCCAAUGGCUUUGAAAAAGGAAAGCCAAGAACUGAAUAAAAUGGAAGAGAAUCAGUAUGACAAAGAUCAGGAUUUUAUGACUGGAGAACAAUCCACACAAAAUGAAAAGUCUUCCUCACAAAAAAGAGGUCAGAAGACCGAAUCGACCAGUUAUUUCACUUGCUGUCAGUGUGGAAAGACUUUCAAUCAAAAACAAAACCUUGAUGUCCACAUGAGAAUUCACAAUGGAGAAAAGCCGUUCACCUGCCAACAGUGUGGAAAAAGUUUCACUCAAAAACAAAACCUUAAAGUCCACAUGAGGGUUCACACUGGAGAGAAGCCUUAUACUUGCACUCAGUGUGGACAGAGUUUUACACAUAAAGGAAACCUUAAUGCCCACAUGAGAGGUCACACUGGAGAGAGUCCUUACACCUGUAGACUGUGUGAGAAGAGCUUCUCACGAAAAGAAAGUCUUAAGACUCACAUGCGAAUUCACACUGGAGAGAAGCCGUUCAUAUGUGGUCAGUGUGGAAAGAGUUUCAGAUGUAAAGAAAACCUUAAUUGCCACAUGAGGAUUCAUUCAAGAGAGAACUGUUUUAUAUGUCAUGAAUGUGGAAAGAGUUUUCCUGACAGGAAUCACCUUAGAAAUCAUGUAACAACUCACAUCGGAGAGAAGCCUUUCCUGUGCCAUCACUGUGGAAAGACUUGCACAAACAAAGCAAUCCUAGAGAUUCACUUAAGAGUUCACACUGGAGAGAGGCCUUUCACCUGCCCUCAGUGUGGAAAGAGUUUCACAAAUAAAGGAAACCUUAACAUUCACAUGAGGCUUCACACUGGAGAGAAGCCGAUCACAUGUCUUCAGUGUGGAAAGUGUUUCACAUAUCACACAGACCUGAAACGA